AUGAGGUCGCUCUCGAGUUUCCUGCUCCUACUGGUCUUGGGAGCUUGGACGGCGCUGGUGCAAGCGCAGCUCGGCCAGGCGAUAGCAGAGCUCCCCGCAUCCGUGCCCCAGUCGUCCUGCUCGCUCCUCGACCAGGCCUGCAUAUGCGCCAACGAGCCGCUGCAGGCCGAGAUAACGCUGUGCGUCAAGGCCGGCUGCACCGCCAAGGAGCAGCUGCACACGCUCAGGGUCACGUCGUCCAUGUGCGGGCACGAGGUCCGCGACCGCCGCCAGCUGCUCUGGGUCCUCACCAUCGUCCUGGGCUGCAUGUCGCCGGUCUUUGUCGGCACGCGCCUGGCCACGCGCCUCUUCAUCGCCCCCAACGGCACCGGCUGGUCGCUGCUCAGCUCCGACGACUGGUGCAUCGUCGCGACCCUCGCCAUGGGCAUCCCGAGCACCAUCGUCAUCGCCACGGGCUUGAUCCCCCAGGGCCACCUGGGUAUGGACAUUUGGAUGUUGGAGCCGGCCGCGAUUGAGAAUUUCGGUCGCUAUUUUUACACGGUCGAGGUGCUAUAUUUUGCGGAGCUGAUGCUUCUCAAGAUGUCGCUGCUUUUCUUCUACCUCCGGAUUUUCCCGUCCCGCGGUGUACGCCGAAUCCUUUGGGCAACCAUUAUUUUCAACGGGGUCUACGGUGUUGCUUUCGUUUUGGUCGGCAUUUUCCAAUGCAAUCCGAUAUCGUAUUUCUGGACCAAGUGGGACGGCGAACACCAAGGCAAAUGCAUCAACGUCAACGCCAUGGCCUGGUCCAACGCCGCCAUCAGUAUCGCGCUCGAUUUGUGGAUGUUGGCUGUCCCGAUGUGGCAAUUGCGCACGCUCAGGAUGCACUGGAAAAAAAAGAUCGGGGUGGGGGCCAUGUUCGUGGUCGGCACGCUCAUCACCGUGGUCAGUGUACUGCGCCUGCAGUCGCUGGUCGACUUUGCCAGCUCGGACAACCCGACGCAGACCAGCUGGGACGUGACCUUUUGGUCGCUGCUGGAGAUCAAGGUGGGCAUUUUUUGCGCCUGCAUGCCGACGCUGCGGCUGCUGCUGGUGCGCAUCUUCCCGCGCCUCGGCGGCACCACCGUCGCCACGUCGAGCGGCUACGUCAAGGACAGCGCCGGCAACCGCCGCAGGGGCGGCACCGGCGGCGGCGGCGCGAGCUGGCCCGCCAAGAGCGACUUUAGCACCAGCGCCAGCGCCAGCCGCUCCCGCACCGGCACCGUGUCCAACGUGCUGUCGCGCAACGACGACGACGCGUUCGAGACCGCAGGCCAAAAGUCGCCGGCCGCGCAGCAGGCCCACGAGGUCGGCGGCAUCAAGUACCAGCGCUCGUACAAGGUGUCGUAUGUGGAACAGGGGGACGAGGAGAGGCUGGUUCAGAUGCAGGACCUCAGGCCGGGUUCGACGCAUCCACCAGCAGCACAAGCGGCGGGGACAGCUUGGUAG